AUGCUGAGCACGGAAAGUUUGGCUGGGGCGAGAGCCCUGGGCAAGGAGUCGUUGCAGAUGUGGGACCUCAACAAGCGGCUGGAGGCCUACCUGGCCCGCGUGAAGUUCUUGGAGGAGGAGAACGAGGUGCUGCGAGCCGAAAUCCAGAGCGCCAAGGGCAGCCCCGCCGGCGACUCGUGGCGGGCCAAGUACGAGGAGGAGCUGCGAGCCCUGCGGGAUGCGCUGGAUCACGCCUUCAGGGAGAAGUGCACGGCCGAGCUGGCCAGGGACAACCUCUACGAGGAGGUCCAGCAGGUGAAAAGCAGGUGCCAGAAGGAGCAGGCAGCCCGAGAAGAAGCCAAGAAGCAGUUGUCCUUGAGCAGGAAGGAGCUGGAGGAGGAGAGGAGAGCGCAGAUCUGGCUGAAGGAGAGAGCCGUGCAGCUGGAGAAGGAGGUGGAAGCCUUGCUGGAGGUGCACGAGGAGGAGAAAGCGGGGCUGGACCAGGAGAUCGCCAGCUUCUCGCAGAGCCUGGAGAGCUUCCGCUGCGCGCCGGUGGCUUUCCAGCCGGUGGAGGUGGAGGACUACUCCAAGAGGCUCUCGGAGAUAUGGAAAGGGGCGGUGGAGACCUACAAGACGGAGGUGUCGCAGCUGGAGGGUUCCCUCUGCCAGGCCAAGGAGAACCUCUGGAAGGCGGUGGAGGACAACCAGCAGAGCCAACUGCAGCUGCAGCACCUGGAGAAGGACCUGGCGGGGCUCAAAGCGCGGAAGGAGAUGCUGGAGGAGAACCUGGCCCGGCAGUGGCAGGAGCAGCGCGGGGAGGCAGAGAAGUUCCAGAUGGGGACCAGCCGGGAAGAGCCAGAGCGAGGGGAGGAUGAGGCAGAGGCCGCCAGCACAGAGACAUCGCAGCCCUCGGAGGACGAGGAGGAGAGGGGAGCCGGCAGCCCCGGCGGGGAGGAGGGCGAUUGCCAGGGUGAAGGGAUGGACGCGCGAGAAGGGGAGUCCCCGCAAAGAGAAAUUGAAGCUGCCCUUGCUGUCCCCACGGAGAGCCAGGCGGGUUUGCCCACGGAAAGUCGCCUGGAGGAGGACCUUGUUGAUGGAGAGCGGGAAAAGCGUGAGCAUGGGGAAAUGCCCGUGUGUGAGACAAAACUGGCUGCAGAGGAGGAAAGGGGGCAGGAGAUGUGGCAGGGGCAGGAGCUCUGCCCCGAGCAGGAGCCCUCGAGCAUCCAUGAAGCCAUCCCAGCAGAGGAGGCUUCAUCGGAGGAUGAAGAAGACGCUGUGGGAGGGGAGGACUCAGGCAGAGCAAAGGAUGGCGAGGGAGAAAAGGGAGAGACCAGCGGGGAGGCACUGGGAGGAGAAGACCCCCGGGCAGGAGAUGCUGGGGGACCUCCAGCCCCGGGGCAGCCGAGCAGGAGCCCUCGAGCAUCCAUGAAGCCAUCCCAGCAGAGGAGGCUUCAUCGGAGGAUGAAGAAGACGCUGUGGGAGGGGAGGACUCAGGCAGAGCAAAGGAUGGAGAGCAGAGCCCAGGAGGAGCUCGAGGACCUGCAGGAAAAUGGCUUUGUGGAAGAGGUGCGGGAGCAGGAGGAGCCGGAGCCAGGAGAGGAGCCCUGGGGUGGGAGGGAUGAUGGCAACAGCCAAAAACCCUGCCCGGAGGACUGGGAGGUGACAACAGAGGACACAGAGGGGGCUCUGGGGACAGAAGAGCCAACCUGGACAGAUGACACCCCGCCGAGCGCAGGAGGGCUGGAAAGCGAGGAGAGAGACGGCAGCAUGUCGCCGGCAGAGCUGGAGGAAAGCCGGGAAGAUGAUGAAGAAGACGGUGAGAGCCAAGGGACGAGCCAGCAGCAGCCACCGCCGGAGGCUGAGCGUGAGCGCAGCAGCACCGGUCCCACGGCGCUUCAAGAGGCGCCGGGUGAGGGCGUGGAGAGCGGCGAGUCGGCAGAGGAGGAGGAGGAUGGGAGAUCGGGAGAGCUGGAAGAGGCUCCAGGGACGGGCAGGAGCGUGGAGCUGGAGGACACGCUGCCGGACAGCACGCCCUUGCACCUCUACCAAGGGGAGAUGCUGGCUGUGGUGGCACCCGGCCAAAACCCUCCAGAGAUCGAGGAGAGCACCCAGGCAGCCCCCGCCUCCGAAAUAGCUCCAGAGGAUGAAGGAUGGCUGGAAGGGAGGGACAAGCCACCAACUCCCAUCGUGCCAGAGAGCCCUGAAGAGGAGGCAAGGAUAGAGGUAGCCCCUGCGGCAGAGGGUGCUGAGGAGGAGGAAGGCUAUUUCAUGGUCUCUGCUCCCAACCAAGAGCUUUCCAGCUCGGAGGAAGCCGAGAUCUCCGAGGACUUUGAAGAAAUUAAAGUUGAAGCCACCGAAGCUGGCAACGAUGGUGUGGAACCUCCUGGAGAAGCAUCUCCUGUGCCAGAGGACGAAGGGCUCUUUGAGGCAUUUGUUGGGGAAGCAGACGAAGACGUGAAGAUGCCCGGAGAAGAACCCGAGAUGCCGAAGGAUGAGGAUGAGGACGAUGCUGGUGGUUUUACCGCCGAGUUGGAGGAAGGUCCAACUGUGCCCGAGGCAGACCCCGUCUCCCCCGGGGCCACGGGGCCGUUAGCAGGAGGCGCUGACGAGCCAACCCGGGGUGCCACAGGCUCUGGCGGGCACGAGGGAGCAGGGGGGCGCUCGGAGGGUUUGGCUGCCGAGUCGGACGAGGAGCUCGAUGGCAGGGUUGAGCUGGAGAGCGAUGCCGGCAGAGCCAAAACACCCCCAGGCCAGAACCUGAGUGGGACCAGUUGUGCCCCCAGUGGGACUGAGCGUGUCCCUGAUGGGACUGAGUGUGUCCCCAGUGGGACUGAGAGUGUCCCCAAUGGGACUGAGUGUGUCCCCAAUGGGUCCAAGUGUGUCCCGAAUGGGACUGAGAAUGUCCCCAGUGGGACCGAAUGUGUCCCCAGCGGGAGCAGUUGUGCCCCUGAUGGGACUGAGCAUGUCCCUGAUGGGACCAAAUGUGUCCCCAAUGGGACUGAGUGUGUCCACAAUGCGACCAAAUGUGUCCCCAAUGGGUCCAAGUGUGUCCCCAACGGGACUGAAUAUGUCUCCAGCGGGACCAAGAGUGUCCCCAAUGGGAUCGAAUGUGUCCCCAAUGGGACUGAGCAUGUCCCUGAUGGGACCAAAUGUGUCCCCAGUGGGACCAAGAGUGUCCCCAAUGGGAUCAAAUGUGUCCCCAACAGGACAGAGCAUGUCCCUGAUGGGACUGUGUGUGUCCCCAGUGGGACUGAGUGUGUCCACAAUGGAAUCAAGCGUGUCCCCAAUGGGUCCAAGUGUGUCCCCAAUGGGACUGAGCGUGUCCCCAGCGGGACCAAGCAUGUCCCCAACGGGACUGAAUGUGUCCCCAGUGGGACUGAGAGUGUCCCCAGUGGGACCGAAUGUGCCCCCGAUGGGACUGAGCAUGUCCCUGAUGAUGGGACCAAAUGUGUCCCCGAUGGGACUGAGUGUGUCCACAAUGGAACCGAACGUGUCCCUGAUGGGACCGAGCGUGUCCCCAAUGGGACCGAGCAUUUCCCUGAUGGGUCCGAGUGUGUCCCCAGUGGGACUGAAGGGGUCCCCAAUGGGAUCGAAUGUGUCCCCAAUGGGACAGAGCAUGUCCCUGAUGGGACCAAGUGUGUCCCCAAUGGAACUGAGCAUGUCCCCAAUGGGACCGAAUGUGUCCCCCAGUGGGACUGA